AUGAACAAAGAUAUAUUUAUAAAACUAUUUAAUAACUAUGUUGUAAAUCAAAUAGUAUUUAGAUAUGUAAGAAUUAUUAAUCUGCGUGGCAGUUCAGAUAAUAGACAUAAAAGCUAUCGAUGGUCGGAUGUUCUAAAGUUACCACACAUGAUGGCUUCACAUGGAUAUCUGACUCAACUCGAAUCAUAUUUCAAUGAGAAUGCGGUAUCCAACAACUGUGAAUAUAAAUCAUUUAAAAAUGCAAUCAUCUCAUCGCAUAUCGAUAUUGUAAGAUACAUGUUGGAUCAACUGCAUAUCGAUAUCAGAAAGACCAAAGAUAGAAUAUCGACAUAUCAUGUCACCAAACUUUUGAAUUGUGCAUCAAAGUAUGGUAGAUUGAAAAUUAUUAGAUAUCUAUGUGACCAUUCACAACAGUUUAAAUGGGAUUACUACGAAGCAAUGACCAGAGCACCACUCUCGGGUGACUUUGAAGUAUUGAAAUACAUGGUGGAAAAAGUAAACCAAUUGCAAUCAAAGUUGAUCGACUAUUCACGUUAUAAAAAAACAGUAUUUGAUAAUGCUGCUUUUGUUGGUCGUAUCAAUAUGAUUGAAUGGCUGGAGGUGAACCGAGCACAAGACAAACCUGUUAGUAAGAUUCUUUUUUCAGCAAUCAAAGGAAACCAAGUAGAAACAGUUCAAUAUCUUUUGAAAGAUAAUAACAUUGAACUAACGAUUCCACGAGAGAUAACUGAAGAUGCAAUCAAACGUAAUCACUUGGAGGUUCUUAGAGUUUUACCAUCGAGUUUUGUUAGCUAUGGAGAAUCAGCUUGCCAAUUGGCAAUUGACACUGGUAAUUUGGAGCUGGUUAAAUUGAUUCAUAACAACAAUACUACUGCUACAAGGUCAUUCGAAACCGCAUCACUCAAAGGUAGCAUUGAUAUUGUGAAAUGGUUAUUUGAAAGCCAGGUUGGCGAGUGCACACCAUCUGCAUUCGAAUGUGCUUGUUCCUCUGGCAACAUGGAAUUGGUUAAUUAUCUCAUUGAUAAAGUUCAGAUUAGAAAUGCUCAUUUGGCUGUACAGAAUGCCAUUGUCAACGGUAAUUUAGAAUUGGUGAAACUACUGAAUGUACUUCUCCAUGACAAUUUUAAAGAUUCGAUGGAUCUUGCAGCAGAGAAUGGACAGUUGGAAAUUUUAAGUUGGUUAAAUGAGAAUAGAAAAGAUUUAAAUUGUACUACUUUAGCAAUGGAUCGAGCAGUAAUCAACAAUCACUUCAAUGUCGUGCGUUGGCUCUAUCUCAAUAGAACUGAGGGAUGUACCAGGAGAGCGAUUGAUUAUGCUGCGGAAAAUGGUUGUCUAGAUAUUAUUCAAUUGCUCAACGAGAAUUACUCAAUGGGAUUUUCAGAUUACGCUGUUGAGAAAGCUGCAGAAAAUGGACAUUUAGAUGUUGUUCAAUGGUUGAGUGACAAUUCCACUAAUGAGAUACCAACGAGAGCAUUAAUCAAUUCAGUUCGAAAUGGACAUACCGAAGUAGUGAAAUAUUUAUAUCCAAUAACUGGGCAAACUUUCAUUCAUUUGAUAGAUAUUGCAGCUUCUCGUAAUUUUUUAGAAAUUGUACAAUAUUUGGACGAAAACAAUGAGACUUGUUCAACCGAUGCCAUGGAUAACGCUGCAGGAAAUGGUCAUUUGGAUGUUCUCCAAUGGUUUCAUGAAAAUAGGAGUGAAGGAUGCACUGGUUAUGCUCUCUACAAAGCAUUCAUCAAUCAAGACAAUCUAACGGUUGUCGAAUGGCUAUACAAAAAUCGAAGUGAAUGUAAAAAUCUUUUAGGACAUCACCAUACAUUGAUUACUCCGAUCAUCUCAAACAAUCAAUUCGAUAAACUACAAUGGAUAUUGGAUCGAGUGAACAUUCCUUUGAACAGUCUUCAAUUAUAUAGGAAAAUGUCUAAAUAUCCAGAAACAACUGAGAUUAUAGAUCAUCAUCUAUUAAAACAAAAACAAACUAAAAAUCCAUAA